AUGGCCGCCUUUGUGCGCGUUUCAGGUCCUGCAAAUGGUAACUUUCUGAUCGGCUACCCGGGCAUCUCCGCGACUAUGCCUCGCAUCGAAGGUAAAGUAGAGAUCCGCCCAAGCGUUGGUAUCUCUGCACCGGUCAAUGUUUCCCUCGUUACCAUUUCCCUCCUCCGCCGGGAGACCAUCCACCCAUCGGCCGAUUCUGUAACGAAGAAACGCCUUGCUCCGCCUCGCAAAGAACACACAGAGAUCGUGGGCAAGGAAAUGCUGUUGUUCCGAUGUCCUGCUGGCAAGGAAUAUGAAGAAGUCAUCGCGAUGGAUCUGCCGUUUGUGCUAUUCAUUCCAUUUGGUCGUGGGGGCCGCGAUCCCACACGACGGGUACCCCCAGCCAGCCUGCAGCUACCCAGCCGCACUGCCGAGACAUUCUAUGAGAUGCUGGUGACGGUACAACAGGGUCACUCCGAACAACGCAAAUAUACCUUUCCUGUCCCGAUUCAACGCUAUGACACAUUAUCUACAUUUGGCAUGUAUAAUCGACCCGAAGCGGCAGAGCGAGUAUCAGACCACUUAGUCACACUAGCCAUCUCACUCCCUCGGUGGUCCUAUGGACCUUUGGAUCCAGUGAGCGUCUAUGUGAAGCUGUCUCCAAACCAGGAUUGGAUGGGAAAGGCCCGCAAGGUCACUAUCAACAAGAUUACCAUCGGCAUUGACGAGGAGAUUAUCUACAAUCACGAGGGCGAUGAGCCUCAGCGCAAGGUCAAGACACUGGCCAAGAAGACCGAGCAUGUGGGUGUAAGAUUACCCCAGGCGGGAUAUUUGAUGAAUAUGGGACUCGUCUUCCCCGCAAAAGACAUGCGGGACUCGGAAGGGAUUUUGCCGCGCAAUCGCACGGCAUUUCCUAUGUACGGUGUGAACGGAUUCACGACUACUGGUCAUCUGUAUAAAAUCGAGUAUUAUCUCACUGUUCGCGCUCACUUGACAUCUGCACGAGAUAUUACCAUCCGACAACCCAUUGUGGUGUGUCCGCUUGACCACGCUGGGUGUAAGGAAGAAAUGGAGGCGAUUGAACAGGCCGCGAAAGAUGCAGCACAUGUCAAUCCGGACAACCCAAUGCUCCCACUCCCAUCGAUAGUGCGACCCGGUGACCCCAAUGCCCUCAGCUACAUUGGCGUCGCCAUGGUUGCCAACCAGAAGAAACUCCUGAUCGACUGA